CCCCUCGACACUGCGGGCAGUUGCGUGAGCAUCUGACAGGAACCUGUUGAAGAAUAAAUCCUGGGGAAACCGGCACGCUUACACACAUCAUAACAUUUAUUUCUUGCUUGGCCUGGUCUUCGGAUACCUCCGCUCAUCGACAUCUCCAGCCUACUUCUCAUCGUACCAUCCAUCUCUUUCAACCGACUAAACGCAGUCCAACAAUUGCGUACUAUAUCGUUGCGCCAGGCGACUGUUUUGAGCUUCAUGCAGAGAGCGGCUGUGUUGUUCUCUAGCUGACAACGUAGUGCUCGAGUGCCACCCAUUGUUUCCCAUCGGUCUUCAUUGGUUGUCUGAGCGCGCCCAAGUCUAAUUCUUCUUUCGACCUCUCCUCACUGCCUUCAUCAAUCCAAACUCCUGGGCAGUCUUCUCAUCAUUUUUAUCACAACGCGCCUUUGCCUAGGCGAAGUAUAACAAAGCCGUCCUCAGACUCUGUACGUCACAAGGGCGCCGCGCGCCUUUCGCAACUCGACCCGCGACUAGCUAUGCGAAUAGUUCCCUUCCAGCUCCUCACGUCAACCUGGUUAUUCUGAGGGUCGAUCAGGUUCACUACGACGUGGACACUAAUUCUACUCCAUCAUCAUGAGCAACACUCCUGCCAAAUCGAAUCUUUCCGCUCGAGGGCCUAUGCCGGCUUUUGGUGCUUUCAAUCCACACCAAGGUUCUGCAUCUCUUCUUCUUGAGAAGUCAAACCCCGGUCUGCGACGUUCCACUCCGGAUUCCGAGGCUCUUGCUUCAUCCGAUGAUGAGGUCGACCAUGGAAAGUCAUCCACCACAAAUGUGAAGGCGAACCGGAAUGUGCGCCGCACCUCCUGGCUGAACGACGUUACGGUGACCAACCCAAACCGGAAACCAUCGACAACCGGCCUCUACAGUCCCUCGACUUCACAUCCCGGCACUCCUGGUUCUGAGCAAUCGCCCUGGUCUAAUGCAAAUAUGGCCACCCCUAGUGCUGCCUGGCACAACCCAGGAAACAAUCCAUAUGGCUGGAAUAUAUGGGGUCAAGAUGCUCGCAAAGACCCGCCAGCUAGACUACAGGAAGUGCUACCUGCGACAAACGGCGAUGGCAUUCCCUUCUCGAUCCCAUUGCAACCAACGCCGAAGACCUAUCGAUCACAGUCGUAUUCCGUAGGCCAACUUGACACCACAUCGGCACUUCCAGCGGCAGCCCCCGUGUCGACCUCGAUCGAAGCGACUCGGAACAGGUUAGGAGGCGCAUACCCGUCCCUCCAGCGACGAACCUCCAGACCAAACGGCGUUGGCGGGCUUGACUCCGUUGGACUUGGUCGGCUGAGAGAAGUCGACGAUGACGAGGAAGAAGCUCAAGCCAAUGGCAGCAUGCCGGACCUGCUUGCUACUGAACAGGCACGCGUUAUCGAGAGACUGGAGAAAGAAAAUGCUCAGCUUCGUCAGGCAGCACAAAGAGAAAGGACGUUUUCUGCAGCAUCCGCCACAACUCAACCACCUCCUGGAUUCAGGACGCGCUUACGGGGCGCAGUCCCGGAAGAGGAGGAAAAUGCCAUCGAUGACCGCGAUGAACUCAUAUAUCCAGGCCGUCAGAACACUGCUAGGCGCAUGAGUGAACAGGCCUUGGGCUAUGUCGAUCGACAAGCCUUUCCUGUUACUGAGAGCCGCAACUCAGAUGGCGUAAAAAAGGCGCAUUGGCAGACCUCACUGGGAUUUGGUCCUAUCCCAGAAGCGCCUCAAAGCCGCCGACAUUCCUUCGCCGAUGUGCCAACAAGGCACGGAUCAUUCAGCUCGAGUGAACGUGGACAUGAAAUGAACAUGUAUGAGACUAGCACACAGGCUUUGUCUCAAGGAGAAGAUCCUGCUUAUUUCAACACCGAUGAAGCCACCCGCCGCGCUGCCGAUGCUCGUGUUCAACAAUCCCAUCAAAAUUACGGCCAUCUCAACAUGGGACAGUAUCUAGAACCUCCCAUGCAACCUCUUUACAUCGUCAACUUCAAAUGUUGUCGCUCGGACGUCUUCUACAUACAAGAAGGAACAGGACUGCAUGUCAGCGUGGGUGACCUGGUCAUCGUGGAGGCCGAUCGUGGGACUGACCUAGGCACGGUCCAACAUACCAAUGUCUCGUGGGAAGAUGCUCGACGGUACAAAGAAUACUACGCAGAGGAGCACUACAAAUGGUUGAUGAUGUUCUCGCUACAAAGUCGAAAUGGAGGCCCCAACGUGGUCAACCCUAACGGUCUCGCAGGACGACCUGGAAGUGCCGUGGGUGGCAUGGGCCCUCAGAAUCACCAUGGCCACGAUGGCUCCCACCAGGAGCUCAAACCCAAACUUAUCAAACGAUUGGCUCAAAACCACGAGAUACAGGCAUUGAGAGACAAAGAGGGUAACGAAGCCAAAGCUAAACGUGUCUGUCAACAGAAGGUCAUCGAGCAUCGACUGAACAUGGAGAUUUUGGAUGCUGAAUUUCAGAUGGACAGCAAAAAGCUCACGUUCUACUACUUUGCCGACAGCUAUAUCAAUUUCAACGCGCUUGUAACAGACCUUUUCAAGGUCUACAAGACUCGAAUUUGGAUGUCGGCAAUCAACCCUGCUUCAUUUCAAACUCCUACUGCUUCUCUCGGCCUGACACCGGCGUACAACGCUGCACCUGGCGACGAGCGUCAUCGGAGGCGCCAGCAGACCGCACCUACACAUGAACUUGGCCCACAACCAGUGACAACGCCAUUCGGAGACACUUUCGAUGCCGACCGCAACUUCAACAAUCAGAGUCAGGCAACGCGGAAUGCAUACUACCCCGGAUACCAAGAUGCUGGUGCCGCUCAUCAACAAGUGCCGCCGAGUAUGGGAUCCUACCCACCCAACAUGGGAGGGCAAAUGGAUCCUUUCAUGUCGUUUUAUGGUCCUGCGUACCCAGGUCUCAAUCCAAAUGCUGCCACUUUCGCCAGCGGGCGAAGUGACUUUAGGGCAAGAGGCCCAGCUCAACCGGAUUGGAUGGGUAGGUUCCAAGGUCUCUCUCUCGGGUCUUGAGAGGUCCAAGAGGUAAGAGACGACGCUCAGGGCAAUAUGCUCGACCCUACUGUAAAGCCUCUUUCAACUCUUCACAUCGCGCAUGCCUGCGGGGGAAUGGCAACAUGUAGAACUACGUUCAUGGUUACGAAAUACACCAAAGAGAUGAUCCAGCAUAGAUACAUUCUUUUAGGGGCAUACAAAGACUACAAGAUUUACAUUCGACGAUCUGGGCGACGGUGGAUUCACCUGCUGGAGGGAUAUUUAGUACUACGUUUGACCAAAAUUUGAAGCCGAAGGUGUUCAGGUGCUUGGAAAGACAAAUUGACGACAACUUUCUAAGUCUGCUGUUUGUGAAAUUUCAAGAGUACUAUAUGGAUGCGAGACCGAGCUGCUUACGACAUAUGACCCAAAAGAAGAGAUUGAGAGAAUCCUUGAGACUGGCAAUAGCGCUAACAAAUUUGUGGUCUGUAAUUAUAAUAGUACAGGUGUGCUUAUGACUAUAACGGCAGCCUAUUUG